AGUCUAGUAAUUGUAUGCUCUCAGAACGUAACACAAAAACAUAAUUCUACAUAGUCGAUAGCUUAAAACUGACGUGAACAGGAAUGAGAGUCUGAUAGAUCAUCAAAUUGAAUCACUACAUUUGAUUUUCGAGGUUUAACAAACUCAAAAUCAAUUCAAAAACAUCAGAUCAAGCAAAAACACAUCUCAAUUCCGCAAUCCCCAAUUAAUUAGGGUUUUCUUCGAUUGAAAUCAGAAAAUUGUUCAAUACUUGCAGAAAGAAGAGAGAAAGAUUAAAAAUGGGUUGGGGAUGGACAUUAAUCGAAGGAAUUGAGGUUGUAGGUUCACUAAUUCUUCUUGGAUGGGGAGGUUUAUGGUUUUUAAAUCGUAGAUUAUACAAAGAGUAUGAAGAAAAAAGAGUUUUAGUUCAGAUCAUUUUCAGUGUUGUUUUUGCUUUUUCUUGUAAUCUUCUUCAACUUGUUCUUUUCGAGAUUAUUCCUAUUCUUUCUAAAGAGGCGAGAUGGAUGAACUGGAAGCUGGAUUUGUUUUGCUUGAUUUUGUUACUAGUCUUCAUGUUGCCGUAUUAUCAUUGCUACUUAAUGCUUUGUAAUAGUGGUGUAAGAAAGGAGCGAGCUGCACUUGGGGCUAUCUUAUUUUUGUUUGCUUUCUUGUAUGCUUUUUGGCGAAUGGGCAUCCACUUUCCCAUGCCAUCACCUGAUAAAGGAUUUUUUACCAUGCCUCAGUUGGUUAGCCGAAUUGGGGUCAUUGGAGUGACCGUCAUGGCUGUCUUGUUGGCUGUCAAUCUACCUUACAGUUAUCAGUCUCUCUUUAUUAGGGAGAUUGAUGAGUUUGAAAUAAAAUCCUUGGAGAGGCAAUUAAUGCAAUCAAUUGAGACAUGCGUUACCAAAAAGAAGAAAAUUAUACUUUGUCAAAUGGAGAUGGAACGAAGUCAAGUAUCAGAAGAGAAGUUGAAUGCUCGAUCUUUCUUCAAGAGAAUUGUUGGAACAGUUGUGAGAUCUGUACAGGAAGACCAAAGGGAACAAGACAUCAAGAACCUAGAAGCUGAGGUGCAGGCGUUAGAGGAGCUGUCAAAGCAGCUGUUUUUGGAGAUUUAUGAGCUUCGCCAGGCUAAGGAAGCUGCUGCUUUUUCUCGAACCUGGAAAGGCCAUAUGCAGAAUCUUUUGGGCUACGCAUGUUCAAUAUAUUGUGUAUACAAAAUGAUUAAGUCGUUGCAGAGCGUUGUCUUUAAGGAGGCUGGUUCAGUUGAUCCUGUCACAAAGACGAUCAGUAUAUUCCUACAAUACUUUGAUAUAGGAAUAGAUGCUACUUUACUAUCCCAGUAUAUAUCUUUACUAUUCAUUGGGAUGUUGAUUGUCAUAUCAGUUCGAGGAUUUUUAUCAAAUCUAAUGAAGUUUUUCUUUGCAGUUUCCAGAGGUGGGAGUGGAUCUUCCAGCAAUGUUGUCCUAUUUUUAUCAGAAAUUAUGGGCAUGUAUUUUGUCUCAUCUAUUCUUUUGAUAAGGAAAAGUUUAGCAACUGAAUACAGGAUGAUAAUAACUGAUGUUUUGGGAGAUAUACAAUUUGACUUCUAUCACCGCUGGUUUGAUGCAAUAUUCGUUGCUAGUGCCUUCCUUUCCUUGCUUUUGCUUUCUGCACAUUAUACAUCUCGCCAAGCUGACAAACAUCCAAUUGAUUAGGGUGCAUAAGUAUGGGUGCUGCCAAUCAAGAUCACACGACUAUCACACAGCAUGUAUCAUCAUGGGAAAGAAGAGUUGUCAGUCAUUGUAUCCUAUGCUGGUAAAUUCGGCUCCGUCUUGUGUGUAGAUACGGUAACAUUGUUCUAGAAAAUUCAUGGUGUUCUAUAGCUAGAGAUGUUUCCCGGGAUAUGGUCUACUGGAGCCGACCUUGGAUGACGGUACUCAAGUAAUUCCAAUUUUCAGCAUGCUAGCUUGAAGCAGCCGUAGCAGUUUUGGUGGAUGUUUCUUAUGAGAGGUUUUUUUGGCUUUUGGCACCUUCACUGAAGCAUCCGAGCUUUUGCGAAGGCUCAAGUAGCACAUUUAUGGAUGUAUUAGAAAAGUGUAUGUAAAUUUCCUCAUUGUGUUAUAGAAGAGGUGUUGAAUCAAAAUGUUGAUUGAACAUAUUGAAUUCAAAAUAGAUACAAGAAUCUUUCAUCACCUUUCAUGUUUUUUUCUGUCAAAAUAGAUCAAUUUGAAUUGCAGCUUGCAAAUCGUUUUUUCCCCUAGGUGUUGUAUGUAAUGAGAGAUGAUCGUGCCCAUAGACUCAUAUUUUGUGCGUAACUCAGAUCAGGUUUUCGGAUUCUUGUCAGGACGAUUUUUAUGAAUUCAACAGGGAAAGUUAGAUAUAUACAUUCUCCGUUUUU